UUCUAGGCUACUAGUAGGGUACGCAAAAUUUUGAAGGCGACAAAGAUGCGUCAGACACGUUUUUGCCUGCUGCCAGAAGGCCUGACUCAGUACUCAUGGUCAUACAUUACCGACGUCAACUUCGGAGUCUCAGCGACUCUAGAUACAGGUCUUUCUCAUAUUAAACACUACGCAGCGAUAGAUGGCAGGUGCGACGUUGAACCCAGCGGACGAGCGCACACCGUUGCUGUCAGAAUCGAUCGUGACUGCGGCCGAAGGAAACUCUGCACCCUUACUGACGGAGCAAAUAUCCAAUGAGUAUCGGGUGACCGACUCUGCGCGCAGCCAUGGAAAGGCAGCAGAUGAAGAGACGGGAUCCUCAGGUGGUCUGGCGCGCACAUCCAUUCGACAGGUGGUUCUUGUCCUACUGAUCGGAGUCUUCAUUUCCAAUGCGGACGGCUCCAUUCUCUUGGCCGUACACCCUAUCAUCGCUUCCGAGUUUGACGCUCUGCACGACUCUAGCUGGCUUCUCACGAGCUUCGGACUCGCUGCAGCGGCGAUGCAGCCCAUAUACGGGAAGAUGAGCGACAUCUACGGCCGCAAGUCGCUUUUACUCGUGGCAUACGUUCUCUUUGCAACGGGUUGCGCCUAUGUUGGCGUCGCUACAACGAUGAAAGAUGUUAUAAUAGGCCGUGUUAUAUCUGGAUUGGGUGCAUCUGGGAUGACUGCUCUCGUCUCUAUCUUGAUCACCGACCUCGUGCCACUGCGAGACGUAGCGACAUGGCGCUCGUACGUCAACAUCGCUGCAACGACCGGUCGCAGUAUCGGAGGACCACUAGGUGGCUGGCUCGCGGAUACAGUGGGCUGGCGCUGGUCAAUGAUGGGGCAGAGCCCUGCGGCUGCUAUCGCCAUCGUCCUCAUCGCCACGGUUCUACCCUCUCACACCCAGUCCACCUCAGAUGCAGUCGGAACCACGAGAGGAAGUAAGCUUGCUCGGAUAGAUUUCCUGGGGUCAUUAUUGACUACCCUCACUAUCUUAUGCUUCCUUCUACCGCUGCAGAUUGGUGGUGAUCGCCUACCGUGGUCACAUCCGGCUAUACUUGGUCUGCUUGGAGCUGCAUAUGUGUUCGCGGCACUUUUCGUUCUGGUUGAAGCCAGAUUUGCAAGGGAACCGGUCAUCCCGCUGACUUUGUUCCAAAACAAGGACGUUGUGCUCUCGGCUUUGAUCAUGAUGAUUCAAGGAAUGGCUCAAAUGGCGCUAAUGUUUGCGAUCCCUCUCUACUUUCAAGUUACUACCGGUGCAUCGAAUACAGUCGCUGGUGCUCACCUCUUCCCUGCCGUUGCGGGUAACGCUGUGGGUGGUCUAUUAGCCGGAGCGUUCAUUAAGAGGACUGGCCGAUACAAGACCAUCACUCUACUCGCCAUUCUCUCCGCAUGCGGCGCCUAUCUCCUCCUUAUCCUUCGAUGGCACGGUCACACCAAUUGGCUCGAGUCGCUAUACAUCAUUCCCGGCGGCUUUGCCAUGGGUGUCGCAGGCUCGACGCUCUUCAUCAGUGUCCAAGCUUCGAUCGAUUCAGCGUAUUCGGCCGUUGCCGCUUCUACGCUGUACCUGGCCGGAUCUGCUGGAGGUGUGAUUGGUAUGGCAUCUUCAAGCGCUGUGCUGCAAGGCUCGUUGCGUCUCAUACUGGAUCGGAAAUUGGGAGAAGGAGGAUUCGAAGGUCUGAAAAAGAUGAAAAUCAUUGAGCGUGCAGUUUCCGAUGUUCACUACGCCGAACACGCAAAACCUGCCAUCUCGCACAUCGUUGUCGCUUCCUACGUGGAUGCGCUCACUUGGACUCACGUUCUGUCUUUGACAUGUUCCAUCCUGGGCUUUGUUUUGACCGCAUUCUUGACGCAGCAUAAGCUGUAGACAUUCGAUUAUGCCACAGAGUGUCUCAGCUACAGGCAAGAGCAAGUACAAAUUCGUACUAACGCUCAGCCUCACCGCAUAUCCAACUCCUUGUAUCGGCACUAGAGCAUACAAUUGGUGGUGCAAGCCCACAAUUGACUUAAUAGGUGCCACCAAUCAUCUCUCACAAAUCUCUUUAUCCCCCAAGCCUACUUCCUGCAUUUUCUAUCUUCAUGUCCUUUUUUCUACUGCCACACUCACUAUCUAGACGCAAGGAGGCAUUUCCUUUUAUACCACAACGAGCAAAUCCCACUACACAAUGCCAUAAACAUGAGUACCACAAGAUUCAAACAACCAAAUCUCCAAUAGAAAGAGUUCAAGCUCCUG